GGAGAGUCAUCAAAAAGUUACUUCACCCAGGGAACAGUUUACAGCUCCGUUGCCAGGGUGUCAGGUUGUUUCUGGUUUGGUACCAGUGUUUGCAAGAAAAUGCCAAUGAGGAAUGUCACCAGAUCUUCUACAACCUGGUCCCAGGACUUGGGCAAGAUGGGGGUCAAGAUUUGAUGUCUUUGAUGACAGACCACACAUCACAAGCAGACAAUGUUGGAAGCAUGAUUGCUGCUGGAGAAAUCACCUGUAUACUACCUGGUCAGUCAGAGAAGUUACCCGACAACCUGACCAAGUAUUUUCUGGAAAGUUUGCUCAAUUACAUGGUUUCAGAGGUGAUCAAAGUUGAAUGGAUGAACAAAGGAAUGAGAGAACAAAGUUUUGAGUUCAUAUUUAAUAAAUUCAAGGCCAAGUAUUUAUGCUGGCUUCUGCCUGACUUUGUGUACAGAGACAUCUAUGAUCCAGUACAGGAACUGCCAGUGGCACGCACCAAAGAUUGUCUGAAGAAGAAUGAUGAGCCCUUGUUUGUUUCUGAAUGCCGUGACUCAUUUAUAUUCUGGCUUGCCAGCUUCACAGUAUCUAGUCAUAGACCAUCUCCAGAACUACAUCAGGGUCUGUCCUGCUCCCUUCUCACUGAACCGUCCUCUCACAUGGGAGAAUCAACUGAUGAUGGGAAAAAUGGGGGAGAUGAUGAAGAAGGAACUUCACCACCGCCACGGAGUAAGGAGAGCACUUUGUCGUCAGAGUUCACACAGACUAGUCAGGACUCUAUCUCAGGAUUUUCUGGGGAACCGUACACUACAGCCGAGUACGAGAUUGUCAGAGCUGUUCUCUACUCCAGCCGGGAGAAUGUCAACAUCGUUCAUGAGUGUUUUAGGCAGGCUCUACUGCAGUCAUUUAGACAUACACCAAUGAUAAAAAAAGUCAUUAGUGUCUACAAAGAAUGGUUCCAGCAUGUGGACGAGCGUCCUGUGUUUAUGAUGGAGCCGCUGGUCAGUGAGCAGCCGGACCCAGGAGCUGGCAAUGGAUGCAGCACUGAUGGGGGAGAUGUCAGCAGUCUUCGAGGCCAGAAGCCAGACUAUCUACAUGGGUCUCUGUCUGAUAUAUUGGAAGAGGAUAGGAGCUCGUUUGAUGAUUCAGUCUCAACUAGCACUGUGUCGUUGCUCCAGCUGAACAUGUCUCUGGAUCCGGAUGAUGGUGCCCGGCGCACAUAUCUGCGUAAUCUGUCAUACCUGGGUGCUGUACAAGAUCUGGCUGACUUGGGGGAUGAGAAGGGCAAGGAUGUGAGGGCAGGCUUGCAGCGGAUUCUACAGGUGUUCAUUACCAACGCUGCCAGCAUCUUCCUUUUGGAUGUUGAUGACGAUGGAUACCUGCAGGACCAGGUUGAACUGUGCAAAAGAGUGCUGAACAUUUACAGAUAUAUUGUGGUGAACAUGGACAUCAACCAGCAGACGUGGGAACAAUUGCUGAAGGUGCUUUUGAGAAUUACUUCUGGUGUCCUCAAACGCAGCCCACCUGUGGACAGGUAUAAAACCUUGGGAGGCAGACUGGCUCAGCAUUUGUUUCAGACUCUGAUAGCAACAUGGACCAAGGCAAACUUGAAUGUAAUGGUGAGCACUGCAUUGUGGGAUGAGUUUUUGGCUGUGCUGUCCUCGCUGACUUCAUGGAAAGAGCUUAUCUUUGAAUGGUCGAAAACCAUGGAGACUUUAACUAAAAUGUUGGCUCGGCAAGUGUAUGGUUUGGACCUCAGCGACCUACCCCUUGAGAGGCUGAGUGAGCAAAAGGAGAAAAGGAAACGAGGCAAAGAAUCGACCAAGGUGAAGCCGUCUUUCAUGAAGACGGGAGGGAAGUCAGAGAAACAUGCUUCAAGAGCCUGGAGUGUCAGCGAGAGUCAGGUUGUCAGUCCAGUAAUAUCAGCAAACAGCGCCGUCCAUUCAGAGUCUCUUGAGUUCCUUUGA